AUGGGCCCCGCCCGCCUUCCACUCGUUUUCUCCCUACUCUCCUUAUUACUCGGCCAAAUUACUCUGUUGCUGGCGGCACCCGUUCCGGCUCCCGACCUGGUGCUUACUUUCGGUGGCUUCGCUAUGACCAUCCCUGGUCCAGGCGGUAUAGGGCCCGGCUCCGGCUUUGGCAACCCGGGCAAUCCAAUUGGUGGUGUCCCCCAAGGUCCCGGAAAUCCGUUUGGGCGUCCAACAACCACAACAACUACCACGACCGAGCAACACCGAAUAACCACAACUGCUCCUGCCCCCCCACCACAAACCCAUACUACUACACAUGAAGAGACUACAACCACCACUACCACCAAGACCUCGGCUCCCAAAACCGUUGUUUCGAUCCAGGGCGUUACACAAACUCCUGCUGACUGGUCUCCAAGCACAGUGUCUUCAGUUGGGAUUAUGUCAAUAAUGUCGAUUGAUCCCGCGGCCAGUGGUAUUUCGAGCUCAAAUCCCGUCUCAUCGACCUCAUCAUCCUCUGGUCUGAUUGCGAAGAUCGUCGUGCCAAUCCUCAUCUUAUUGCUCCUUUGGGCGGUGGCCGUCGUUUACUUCUACCGCCGGCGCAAAGGUGCCGCUACCAGAGGCGAUGCAUCCCAUGUUGCCUCGCGGAGUCCAAACAACGGGGCCUGGAGCCGUCUUGCGAUGUCCUCGCGAGGAGACCUUGCCAGCAUUCCACACAUGCAUUCGGCGACUGUCUCAAGGUCAAAUACGCCACGGUCACCAUCUCCCCCUCCUCCCCCUCCGCCCCCAAAAACUCCCCCACCCGUUCCAACCCAAGCUACUAUGGCUGUUCCUUCAUCAUCUCUUGCGAGGAGCCACACUGUCUCAACCGCCCACGGGGGCGGUGAUGGCGCUUCUGUCUUUGCCGACUCGCCGUUUGAAUCAGAAUCUCCUCUCCACUGGCAAGACGAGCCAGCGCUCGCUGAUUCGCGGCCCACCUCGCUUGACGGAGCACCGCCACCGCCCCGCUUCUAUCCCGACUCCCCUCUGCCUGCGCUCAGCUCGCGGAGGCUGUCGUCCAUGUAUGACCCGGACACUCUCCUCGCCUACGACCGCGACUCGCGGCUCCUCUGA